GUGCCACUUUCAGGUCUCCUCACACUGCUGGUGUGUUCCAUUUUUUGUCAUAGGGUGCUGGCAGAUUACGGGCCUCCCAUUGCUGCUGCCAGGCCCGUAAUCUGCCAUGGGCCCCAUUACCGCCUCCUCAUGCUGCUGCCAGGUCCAAAGUCUCUCAUGGGUCCCUGUACGGCCUCCCAUUGCUGCUGUCUCCAUCGCCACACUCUGCCAUGUGCCACUUUCAGGUCUCCUCACACUGCUGGUGGGUUCCAUUUUGUCAUAGGGUGCUGUAUGGCCUCCUAUUGCUGCUGCCUCCACCGCCACACUGUGGCUCCACACUCUGGUUUUGGCCCCGUGACUGCCCAAAUGAGUGAAGUGUGCGGUGAUUCUAAGAUCGACGGCACUCAUCUGCAUGUCAUACUG